AUGGUCAAGCUGUGGUACAUGUCUCACAGCUGGACAAAGACCUCCUCUGUACAGAGGGCAUCAGGGCACAGUCAACCACGCGGACUUCACAUAUCCCGCAUAUCGAUCCUCGCUCGAGGAUAUUGCGAGGAUCGGUCUCAGUUCGUAUUCGCCUGCUUCCUCGCUCUGGCCGCCGCUAAGCCCGGUGUGCUUCCAGUAGCGUACACCGCACCAUUGGCGGCGUACACUGCACCCGUGGCCGCAGCGUACACUGCGCCCGUGGCCGCAGCCUACACCGCGCCCCUCGCCUACUCCGCCUAUUCUGCGUACACCGCCCCCGUAGCCUACUCUGCGUACACAUACGCAUCACCCUACUCUUACUAUCUCCGCCGU